AUGUCUGCUCCACCGAAGACGCUGACUUUCAGCGAAAUGAAAGCACAUGAUAGUGAGAAAGACUGCUGGAUAGCAGUGCACUCGAAGAUUUACAAUAUUACCGAGUACAUACCAUCUCACCCUGGAGGUUCUGAGAUCAUACUCAGAUACGCAGGGACCGAUGCAACUGCCGCAUACGAUGAGAUUCAUGCUCCACAAAUUAUCGAAGAGACCCUAGCACCCGAAAAGCAAAUCGGCCUGCUUGACCAGUCUGAGGUGGUCAUUCUCCCUGAGGACCAGAAGUCCGAUAUCAAGCAAAUUGAACGCAAGACUGACGGAACGAUGUCUGGGGAUACCCUUCCGAAGCCGGAGUUGCACCAAUUGAUCUCUGUUGAGGACUUUGAGCGGGUCGCUGAGAGGACUCUGACUCCAAAGGGAUGGGCUUUCUAUUCAUCUGCCGCAGCCGAUCUUGUCACUCAUCGCAACAACAAGAAUUACUUCAGGCGAAUCAUGCUCCGGCCGAGAGUGAUGCGAAACGUAAGCAAAGCGAACACUCUUUGCAACAUCUUAGGCUUUCCAAGCUCAGCGCCCUUCUUCGUCAGCCCCGCUGCCAUGGCCAAAUUGGCUGACAAGGACGGUGAGCUGACGCUAGCGAGGGGUUGCGCAAGGGAAGGCUUAACACAAUGCAUCUCUAACAACGCGUCGUUCCCCUUGCAAUCUAUCGUAGAGGCGGGCGAAACGGCUCAAGUCUUCUUUUUCCAGCUGUAUGUAAAUGCAGAACGGGAAAAGACCACGCAACUCUUGCACAAAGCCCGUGAUCUGGGUGUAAAGGCGAUUUUUGUCACCGUCGACGCACCGAUACCGGGCAAGCGUGAAGCUGACGAGCGAUUGGCAGCGGACACUGGCAUGUCAUCUGCUAUUAGUGGCUCUCGAGCGUCCAAUGAUAAGAAAGGAGGUGGUAUGGGGAGAUUGAUGGGCCAGUAUAUCGACAAGUCACUCAGCUGGGAGGAUAUUCCCUGGAUUAAGGAGACCUCGCAAUUGCCGGUCGUGAUCAAGGGAAUACAGUGCGCUGCAGACGCACGAUUGGCUGCCGACUAUGGCUGUCAAGGAAUUUUCGUUAGCAAUCACGGGGGCAGGCAGCUGGACACAGCGCCGCCGUCGAUUUUGACACUGCUUGAGCUGCACGCCAUUUGUCCAGACGUCUUCGAGAAGUUGGAGGUGUAUGUAGACGGUGGUAUCACUCGCGGCAGCGAUAUUCUGAAAGCGCUAUGUCUGGGAGCGACUGCCGUCGGAAUCGGAAGACCGUUUUUGUAUUCCUUAAUCUACGGGCUGGAGGGAGUCGAGCAUCUCAGCCAGCUCCUUAAAGAUGAGCUAGAGACGAGUAUGCGCCUUUGCGGGGUUACAGACCUUAGCCAGGUAAGCCCAGCAUUGGUGAAUACGAUGGAGAUCGACCACCUGGUGCCAAGGCAGGAAAAGCAUCCCUGGAUCACAUGGAGACAGAGGGCAAAGCUGUGA